AUGGUGUCGGCGAACCAGGAGAUGGUUGUUUACUGCUUCGACACCCUCGUCGCUCACUACAACAGCCAGGAAGCUCCUCCUCCUUCCUUCGAUCAGGCUCAACACCCAUUGUUUGUUACAUGGAAGAAAGUGGUGAAUGGUGGAGAUCCUCGUCUUCGGGGAUGCAUUGGAACUCUUGAAGCACGCAGCUUGAUCAAUGGGCUGAAAGAUUAUGCACUGACCAGUGCCCUCAGGGACCGAAGGUUUCCACCCAUACAGGCCAAUGAGCUGCCGUUUUUGGAGUGUACAGUGUCUAUUCUUACUGACUAUGAAACUGCUAACAAUUACCUAGAUUGGGAGAUAGAAAAGCAUGGUAUAAUUAUUGAAUUUUCCGAUCCUGUCUAUAGCACAAGGCGUAGUGCCACAUACCUGCCUGAAGUGGCUGCCAAUGAAGGUUGGACAAAAACAGAGGCCAUUGAUUCUUUGAUACGUAAAGCAGGGUACAAUGGUCCAAUAACCGAUGAACUUAGGAUGCAAUUACAGCUAACCAGAUACCAAAGCACCUUAUUUACCAUGCACUAUAGUGAAUACGUCUCCUAUGUGAAGGAGAUAAGAGGUGAAGCGCCUAUUCUUGCAGCUAAAUCACCUAACUAUUAA